AUGGCCAUCAACCAUGGGCUUUUAGCUUCCAUUCUUGUCUUCCUCUCUUCAAUCACAAUAUGCUUCAUUGAUGCAGCAAAUCCCUCAUGUCCAAUUGAUUUUUCUUAUGUACAAAGUUUCCCAUGGGACACUUCACUUUGCCAUGAUCCAAUUGAUAAAAAUUGCUGCCAAACACUUCUCAGUCUUUUUGCCAUGGGAUUAGCCAAACACCUCAAAGAAACAUCCAUGUUCUAUCUCCCAAAUGCAGAUUCUGCCUCUUCUUGCACCUCCAACUUCCAAAGCAAGCUUAUGAACAUGUCCAUUCCUCAAUUUUCAGUCCCAAUGUGCUUGAAUGACACAAAUGAACUUGUUCUCAAGGCAUCAAGUUGUGCAGGAAUUGCAACAUUAAGAGACUGGGUACAAAAGGUUGGUCCAUCAAGUCUGCUUGAUUCAUCUUGCAAAGGUGAUUUUCAUGGAGUUACUCAGUGUGGUUCAUGCCUUGAUGCUGGAAUGAUGGUAACUGCUAAGUUGGUAGCUUUAGAUCCCAACUCCACAAAAUGCUUCUACUUUAGUAUUUUUUAUGCUGCCGGUAUUGUCAAUGAUUUGGAAAAUAAUAAUACUUUGGCAGCAGCUUGCAUACUAGGCCUACCAUUGGCUAUUUCGAAAAUUGGCAAGACAUCAAACGGCUUGAGCCGCAAAAAAAUCCUCAAGUUGGCUUUCGGAUUAUCAGGUUCUCUUAUAGGAAUCGCGGUCGCGACAGCAUCUCUCGUGCUUUGCAGGAAGUGGGAUAAGAGAAGAAAACAAAAUGCUGUGCAUGAAAAAUAUGUUAGCGGCAUGAAAUCCCAAAUUCUACCAAGCAUUGGUGCUAAAUGGUUUCAGGUAUCUGAGCUAGAAAAUGCCACUGAUGGGUUCUCACAAAGGAAUAUGAUAGGUCAAGGCGCAUCUGCAAUUGUCUAUAAAGGAGUUAUUUCUGAUGGAACUGUUGUUGCUGUCAAGCAAAUUCUUGAUUUAGACACAGAAGGGGAUGAGGACUUCAGUAAUGAGGCAGAAAUUAUAAGCAAAAUUAGACACAGGAAUCUUCUAGCUCUCAGAGGCUUUUGUGUUACAAGUGAUAUGCUCAAUGGCAAAAGAAGAUACCUUAUUUAUGACUUCAUGCCAAAUGGUAGCCUUGAUGAUCAUCUUUUCAAUCCUCAGAGGAAGCCUUUGACUUGGCCUCAGCGUAAGAGCAUAAUACUUGAUGUGGCAAAAGGGCUUGCUUAUUUGCACUACGGAAUCAAACCAGCGAUUUAUCACAGGGAUAUAAAGGCCACCAACAUACUUUUGGACUCAGAUAUGAAAGCAAGAGUGGCUGAUUUUGGACUGGCCAAGCAAAGCAGAGAAGGGGAAUCUCAUCUCACAACAAGGGUUGCAGGAACCUUUGGAUACCUUGCACCAGAGUAUGCUCUUUAUGGGCAAUUGACAGAGAAGAGUGAUGUUUAUAGCUUUGGAAUUGUGAUUCUUGAAACCAUGAGUGGAAGAAAGGUGCUUGAUGCAUCAAAUUCAUCCGCACUUUUGAUCACAGAUUGGGCCUGGGGGCUUAUCAAAUCAGGAAAUGUGCAAGAUACUUUUCAUGAAUCAAUUAAAGAGGAAGGACCAAAGGGAGUUAUGGAGAGGUUUGUAUUCGUAGGUAUUCUUUGUGCUCAUGCAAUGGUAGCUCUUAGACCCACCAUUGCAGAUGCUCUAAAGAUGCUUGAAGGCGACAUUGACAUCCCAAGAUUACCAGACAGACCUGCACCUCUAAGCCAUCAACCAUUUCCAUCAUCCUCGAUUAGUUCAACCACAAGUGAGGCAAUCAGACACAGUAGUAUAAGCAUAAACAGUUUAUAG